GUAACGCUAUGCCCUCUUACUUUUAUAAUUUUAAUCAAGUUUCAUUUUACCAGAUUGUGGCUAUGCGCAUGCCAUGUACGAAAUGAUCGUUUUCCAGUUGUUUUCCAUUCUGGAAUCAAACCGAAACUAAAAUUUCUUAGACAAGCUUUUUAGUGAAAAAAACCCAAAAAUGGAAGAAGUAAAUCAUUCAAAAGAGUUUUCUGUUGAGGAAAUCGCGCAGGUAUCGGUGAUAUUGUCAAACUGUGUAUUCUUCACCAUGGCGAGUGCCUGUAAAACGAAUGCUCAAAGGAAUGCAAUACUGAUGGAAGAAUUCCUGUAUUUUGUGAGACACAAACAACUAUUACGAAGAUACUUCGGAGGAAGUGCGGCAGAAGGGACAAACCUGAGUACUAGUGAUAUUGACAAGAUGAUUGUUGCUCGUUGCAUUUACGUGUGUUCUGACCCAGCUGACGCGAAAAACGUCAGGGGUCACGUGUUUUUGGUAGACAGCCAGGAUUCUUCUCAAGGUUAUGCAAAGCUUGUCCUUUUGAAAUCAGACUCAGGUAUUCCUACGAUAUUUGAUGACAAUGGUUGUCCAAUUAAAGACAUGCUUGAACAAAACAAAAAAGGAAAGCUUGUACUUCCAAGCGAAAAAGUCGUACAGUUCUGGAUUAAUUUUUUGGGAAAGAGACAGACUGCAACUGGACCCCCAGAAACAUUUCAACAUGGCCCUUGUGCAACAGCUGUCAACAAAGAUCCACAAGGAUAUAUCAAAAAGGAAGUCGGGGAAUUAAUUGAGCAAGAUUUUGCACACGGUCUCCCAUUUUGUCGAGUUCCUGUCGAAGGCGAGCAAUGGUUAAGGAGUAGACGCCAUUUUAAUUGGCCAUCAAUGAAAACUUUAGAGAAAAUAAGAACGCUGGAUUGUCAUGUUGUUGCUGUUGGCGAUAAAAUAUCGCAACAUUCCUCGUUAGAGUGGAGGAUCUCGUAUUUGCUAUGGGAAAGAGAGCUUGUAUGGAGUUUUAACGACACACAACUGCAAUGUUUUGUUUUGCUGAAGUCACUGUUGAUAAAAUUCAUCGAUCCCAUUGUCAGCGAGAAACUGAGUUCUUAUCAUAUGAAAACGGUGGUGUUUUGGGAAUCCGAAACUAUAGAUGACAACUGCUGGAGAAGAGAAUUCCUUUUAACAUUUCUGAAAAAUUGUUUACUACGUUUGAAAGAUUGCGUUGAAAAACAAACUCUAAUGCAUUUCAUUGAUCGAAGUAAAAACCUUUUCUUUGGAAGAUUGGAUGACCCAGAAAUCAAAGAAAGGAUUCUAGAUAUCCUAGAAGACAUUCUUCAAAACAUUCUAGUCAUAUCUAUGAAAUGCGUCGAUGAUAUUGAUUUGGCAACAACGUGGCAGAACAGUCAUGGCAAUGUAGACGAAUUCUUGUAUAAUUGCACAGUGGAUCACCCUAGCAACAUUACCUCUGAUUUUGAGGCAUCCAGACAUUCGCUAGAAUUAUAUCACAGUGAACAAGUUACAUGGGGAAUCAACGUUGGGACUGCACUGUCCGAUUUCAAAACUCUUGCUGAAUAUCACGUGGCACUUGAAGACAAAAAUAUAGCUUCAGAUUUCGAUGAAGGUUUCAAGCGAUCUGUUGGAAUGUUUGUACUUCUGCGCUCUGCUAUAAUCCAAGCAGUUCUUAUGCUGAGGUCAGAGGAAGCAAAUACCAGUGAGAAGUUUCAAAGACUUGUAAAUUUUAUGGAUGAAAAAUCAGACAUAGAUGCAAUGUCGGGUAAACUGUAUGCUAUAACAGUACUUUUCGCUUUUGGCAAGAAAGAGGAAGCAUAUAAGAGAAUCAAAAAUGUUUUCUUUCGCAGUGAGAGUUCUGCAAAAUAUAUAUACGUUGGUCUUUCCUCGACUUGCAAAACAAUAGAAAUAUCGCAACAAACUAUUACGCAGACAAAAGGUAUCCCAAAAUGUCAGAAUCCACAGAAAAUUAUAGAUUUUCCUGUUGCCCAUGAUAUGAUUUUUGCAAAAGAGGAUAUUUCACUAGUGGCCAAGGCGUUGAAAUUUGAGUGUUUGGCUGAAAGAAGUUUUUUGGUUCACCCGGUUGUGUACGCCUCUUACCUUAGAGUUUUAUGCUGUGACAAGGAAGAGAAGGUGGAAAAUAUUGGGCGACUUCAUGAAGCAGUGAAGGAAUGCGAAGGCACGAAACAUAAUUACAGACAUUUCAACAUUUUAGGCCAUUGUUAUCAUGAAGCUGAAUUCUAUGAAGAGGCCUGUAGGUGUUAUUUAGUAUCUCUUUCCCACACAUCGGGCGAUGGAAGACCCAAUGCAGCGGUUUUAAUGUUGUUGGUGUGUUUAUUUAACUACAUGCAAAUGCAAGUGAAAUGAUAAAUCGGAUUGCUAAAUAAACACCUGUUAAUUGGAUGCCAGUAGUCUUUUUAAUUACAUAUCUUUUGAUAUUGGUUAACACAAAUUU